CGUAGACCAGGCAUAUAAGGCGACCACGGCUGCGCGCGGGCAUACUCGUAAACACAUUCACGCUAAAUCACCGUCUACAAGAAAAGGCUCGUUACACACGCAGGCAGACAUACAUACACAACGGGCACACACGCACAUACUCACCCACACGCAUAUAUACAUAUAUAGAAAGAGAACACAGGAGAGAAGACAGUAACUAAAGGAGCUAAAGAGGGAGAGACACCGAGAGAGAGAGAGAGAGAGAGAGAGAGAGAGAGAGAGAGAGAGAGAGACGCACACAACUGUCGCGGGGCUUGAGGAUUCACGAUCACCGACGACUUUUGUCAGAAUAACUACCGUUCGAGGAUUCUCGCAAUUCACGAUGGUGCAAAACAUUUAUCUCAUCUGGCCGCUCCCGACUGUGGCGAUGACAGUAUUGUUGUUGACAGCGGUCGUUGACACUCGAACACUGCCUGACAACACAGCAGGCGAGGAUGAGGACUUGUCGAUGGCGUAUAACGACACUAAUGACAACAAUACAAUGGGAUCGGACGUGAACGUGACAACCACUUUGGACUACGAAACUCAACGGCUUCUGCAGAUGAGAGAAAGUCAGUAUCGCUUGAAUGAAAGGAAGAAGCAGGAACACCUGCUGUGGAUUCAGGCGGUGAUUCUGCAGCGGCUCGGCAUGAGUCGUAAGCCGAACAUCUCGUCGAGCGCAUUCACGGACGAGGAGCGCACGAGUCUGAUGGACGCCUUCGAGACGAUCUAUCGCACCGGCAACGAGGGCAACGAGAACGUCGGCGAAUUCUACGCGAAGCGCUUCAAGACCAACCCGCCAUCGUGUCUCGCACCGCCGGGAGUCAACUGCGCAAGUGGCGCGACACCGACCCUUACGUCAUGCGCUUGUACUUUCGAUCUCAGCAACCCUCGAGAUACGCCACGACCCGAGGAAAUCGAUUCGAAGGUAUCUUCCGCCACCCUGCGGUUGUACCUGCUGCCGCAAGACGAGUCAUCCCGUAGGGAAACCAGGUCGACGAUCGGACAGCGGCCGCGGAAGAGUCGCAAGGCGCGCAAGACACGCAAGAACCGGAACCGGAACCGCGCCGAAGUUAGAGACCCGAUCGCAGACGCGUCGGCCGACGAGGCGGACGAGUCCGGGCAGGAGAAGAUCCGAAUCAGCAUCAUGCAGUACAUGAUGCCGCUCAACAUACCCAAGCUUAAGCGCUCCAAGAUGGUGCCGGUCGGCGAGAGCGGCUGGGUGAACUUUAACAUCAAGAGCACGGUGCGCGCCUGGGUGCGGCGGCCCGACGACAACCAGGGACUCGAGAUUCACAUCGAGAACAGCCGCGGCGAACCCGUGCCGGCGGCUCGCUUCAUCGCGCCCCUCAACUGCAGCAUUCACAAAGGUUCGCAGGCUUCACAUGUUCUCAGGCGAGUUCAUGUGCAAUCGUCGAACGUCGAAGCUAGCAAUUCGCUCGGCACGGAAACGAACACAGAGGUCCCGCCAGUUGAUCCGUCCCUGCUGAAGGAACACUGUCCCUGGCUGGACAUUGGCACGAUGGACGUCCCGCGGACAACCCGACCCAGUCGCGACCCCUCGAUCGGACGUGAUCUCAGCGAAGCCGCCGGAACACCGGAUGUUGUGCCACGCAACGAAGCAGACGGGGAUGAACCGCCCGACUACCAUCCGGUCGACGAUUACGAACCAAAGCCAAUCGACUUCUCUCAGUUCAUCUCUACGCCCUUCCCCCUCGUCAGUUACCCUGAGCACACGCUGCCUAGUGCCGAAGACGGUUUAGGUGGGGAGCCAGACCGUUAACCUGUGAUCGGUGUGCCGUACAACUGUACUGAGACUUAUACGCUAUCACGCACCACCCGGGAACAGUACUGAAAGCCCUGCAGCUGGUUUCCGGGCUGUCAACGGCACCUGUACAUAUGAUGUGUCUUAAAGCAAGCAGAAAACAUAUCGAGUAUAGGUCCUGGAUGUAAAUAUUAUUUGGGUUUAAUCUACGUAUCGUAUUGCAUCUUGUUUCUAUCGUAAUGAUAAUAUAUUUAUUGCUGUAGGAACUUAGAAAGCGGAAUAACUGGUGAAAAUGUUAAUCACGCGCGCAAGAGAACAACGCGUAGCGUUGAUUAGAGGUGAACGAAGGCGGAUGUCAACGUCAUGGUUCCUACGGGCUGCUUGGGAUCAAGAACAGAAGCUGUUAAACAUCUACAAUUAGUGCAGAUGUUACAUGUAAAUACGAUUAAAAUUCUGCCCUGUGAAACGCUGCAUCAUUAUCAAAACGGAAUGUAGGUAGUAGCACUGACUUUAGCCAUAUCAUACCACUAUUUCAUAAUAACUUGUACAGAUUGAUGUUUCUUUAAAAAAUAAAUGUCACGUCGUAUAAGCAUUAAAACAAAUAUUGGUUCUUUAUA